UCUUUCAUUUGGUUUCUGAGUAAGUAUGAGUCAACUCCAGUGUGACUCAACCUGCACCAUCUCCAUCUCCAUCCAUCCCUCCAUCCUUCAGAGUUCUCCCUGAGGCAGCAUGAUUGACUCCCCGACUGUCCAAUCAUAUGUUUGAGAGUAGGCGCGACCAACCAAUCACGUAUAAGAAGGCGGGACCAAGCCUGCGCCUGUCCAAUCAGCGCGCAGGAUGCGGCAGUGGUGGUGCGGAACUCGACGCCGCUCUUGAUGACUUGCUGUUCAUUUUGUGGUUUUCCUCACACCAGCAUAGCAACCGGGAAACAAACAUGGAUGGAAACAGUACAGCGUUUCACGUUCAGCUUUACAUCUACGACCUGUCAAAGGGAAUAGCGCGCCAGCUCAGCCCGAUAAUGCUCGGGAAGCAGCUCGAUGGAAUUUGGCACACUUCCAUUGUGGUUUAUGGUGAGGAGUUCUUCUUCGGUGGUGUGGGGAUCUCCAGCUGCCCUCCGGGCGGGACGAUGCUCGGGCCACCAGAUUCAGUGGUGGAAUUGGGAAGCACAGAGGUGAACGAGGAGAUCUUCAUGGACUACCUGUCAUCACUCGGAGAAAGCACAUACAGGGGCGAGAGAUACAGGUUGUUUGAGCACAACUGUAACACCUUCAGCAACGAGGUGGCUCAGUUCCUAACAGGCCGAAAGAUUCCGUCUUACAUCACGGACCUGCCAGCAGAAGUGCUCUCCACGCCAUUUGGGCAGGUCCUGCGGCCGAUCCUUGACUCCAUCCACAUUGCGCCCCUGGUGGAAGCGUUAUCAACAGCCAGAAUAAUCGCAGCUAGGGUCAUGCUGGGUUGAGACUCGUGGAUCAGUUCUCCUGUUGUACAGACACACGACUCGAGUCCUCGCCUCUGAUCCUCACGCCUCAGUCCUGAAGCCACAGUCAGGGAUCUCAUCACCUUCCACUGACUGACCACACAAAACAAAUCACCUAGCACACCCAUGAAAUAGAGAAGGAAUCCAGCAAGCAGAAGAUGAGCUGUGGAUCUGCCAGUGUGGAUCUACUGCUUUUGGUCUUCAGACAUCUCUGUCUCACUGGACAGCAUUUUGAGCAACAUGAGGAAGAAAUUUAGCCAUUUAACUAUGGGAUAAGUCACUUUAUUUAUUUUAUAAUUCAUUAAACACCUACAUUUCAUGACUAAAGAAAUAAUCAUUUAACUCACAGUCCAGAUGUGCAUUUCACCCCCAGAUCUUCAGUCACCAGAAAGUCUACAGGAAUCAUCAGUAUUAUAGAGAAGUGCAGAAGAUCAGAGCUGCAUCACACACAGGAUCUCAUCCAGAGAGAAUAAACAUCACUAACACAACAAACACAAUGAUCACAAUUCAACACGUCUCCUUUCACUGGAGCCACAACUUCACCUCCACAUACAUCAUCACACACACACACACACACACAUCAUCUCUAACAGAAGCCUCGACAUUCACCUCAUCUCAUCACCCUGUGUUUCUGUAGUACUUUAAACCCCCCGGGGAUUACGGUCUUCACAGGGAUUUGAAAUGAAGGUAAAUUGUGUAUUUUUGCGCUGGAAAGAAAACGCAAAAGUAUAAAUGGGUUAAAAAAAACAGCUGUGUGGAAGUGUUGAAGGUGACCUUUCCUCAUGAUGUCAAGCUUUUUUUUUCCAAGUCCAUCUUGUAAACAAGAGCAUCUGUGAUCAAAUCAGUUUCUUUUCCCCUGUCAGAGCUCUGACUAGUCCCACGAAGCCCCAGUUUGAUUGGAGCUCCAGUUUUUGUUCGGAGCCCCAAUUUGAUUGGAGCUUCAGUUUGAUCGGAGCCCCAGUUUGAUCAGAGCUCCAGUUUGAUCAGAGCUCCAGUUUGAUCAGAGCUCCAGUUUGAUCAGAGCUCCAGUUUGAUCAGAGCUCCAGUUUGAUCAGAGCUCCAGUUUGAUCGGAGCCCCAGUUUGAUCAGAGCUCCAGUUUGAUCAGAGCCCCAGUCUGAUUGGCCAUGAAUCCCUGAUUGUGGCACUUCUUGAGCAUUCUCACAAAGCACACUUUCUGAUCAUAACUCCAUCAUGUUAUUUCUAAUGCAGCAGGAUCUCCAUAGAAACGGCUUCCAUUGCACACUAACACCUUUCUACACUUUAAACACUUUUAAACAUAGGCACAAUAAAUCUCUUCUUACAGCUGUGUUGAUUGAGAGCGACAGUAUUGACGCGUCCUGUAUCCUGCUCUCGGCUCUCAAAUCAACUAUUUAUUAUCUUUCUAAUUUUGUUCUGUAAAUCUUUAGGAAACCGAGCGUCCAUUCAUUUGCACAUUGUUUCAACUCCUGACUUCUUUCCUGUGUGUGUGUGUGUGUGUGUGUGUGUGUGUGUGUGUGUGUGUGUCAGAAGUUGCCAUAUUACAGUAUUAUUCUUUGAUCUGAUCUGCACUGGUCAUGAUGUAACCCGAAUUUAUUACAAUUUCUAUUUAUUAACAAUAAUGUAAUAAAUUAAAGGAUGUAUUAAUUUGCCAUAAUUAUUGAUGUCUUUAUGAUUCAUGCAGCGUGUAGUGUGUAUUUGAAAUGUUAUAUUAUAUUGAUAUUAUUAUUCUAUCAUACAAAUAUAUUCAUCUGAAUAAAGAGAAGCAGCUACGAUCA